AUGUCUAUUAUUCUUCCAGCAACUAUUGGUUGUCAAGGUUAUAUAUUAAACGAUGAUUGUUGUUCAUCAAUAGCUUCAUCGGCUGAAACAGCAUGUUGUUCAAGCAUUUCUUGGAGUUCAUUAGCAAUUCCUUUUUUUAUUGUUGCUGGAAUUUGUUUUCUUGCUAUUUGUUUCAUUUAUUGUCGGCCAUUAUGGAAAGUGUGUUUAUGUGGACAUCGAUGUCCUUUUAGUAGCCGAACUCAAGUUAAUUCAUCAACUUCUGCGACAGUUAAUGAUAAUCCGAUUCAUGUAAUGAACAACGAUGAUUUACCCGAUUAUGAAACGAUUAUAAAAGAUUCAACGAUGAAAGAAUCAACACCACCACCAUAUAAUUUUGUUGCUUCACAUCCAAAUGAUUUUGGUAUUGAAACACGUGUUCCAAGUGCACCACCUCGAUAUUAUUCUAGACAUAACUCUGUAGUUACAAUUAAUACAAACAUUCCUAUCGAAUCAUAA